AUGAAUCUCCUGCAGGCCAAGAGCAAUCAGUACCUGCGCGAGGCCAUCCUCGAGGGUAGCGUGGAGAAAGCGCGACGGUACCUGACGCUCAAGAUCGGCAGAGCAGAUGUCGCAGCCCUCACGGAUAGCGGCGGCUUCUCGAUGCUGCAUUGCGCCUGUCUCGUGGGCAACACACAGCUCGCGAUGAUGCUGCUGCAGUACGGGGCCGACGUGCUCGCGCUCACGGACGAUGGCUACACGGCACUGGAUCUGGCGAUCUGGAGAGGCCACUUGCAGAUCAUUGAACUGCUGCGGUCUCAGGGCUGCGUGGCGCCCAUGAAAGAGCCCGAGAGUCUCAAUGGCAAAGUGAUCGUGCAUCUUGGCCGCAGAGCCACGGUCGUGUUCUUUGAGCCGUCGACGAGCAUCCACACGAGCAGCCUGCGUGGACUGUACUAUGAAGACACAGGAGAAGCGAAGCUCGUGAACCUCUGGGCGGGAUCGGACUACAAGAUUGUCGGCUCAAACUUGUACUACGAGGAGCUCCACAAGCUCGACUACCAGUACGCAGAGAUCCCCGUGACGUUGCUACAGGACUACGAUGCCAUGCUGCAAGGGGCACUGCAAGGAGCGGCUUUCUUUGACAAUGACAGUGACAGCGAGAGUGGCGACGAGAUUGACGAGAUCGUGGAAGUGCGAGUGCCGCCGGGGCCCUUAGGUGUGCUGCUGGACAGCGGGAUCCAGGAGUGUGCCGUCGUUCGCGGCUUCGUCAACCUCUCGGAUGGCGAAAAAGGCGUUAUUGAGCUGCAUGGCAGCGUGCAUCCGGGCAUGUACAUCAUGAGCAUCAACGAGACCAACGCGUCGCUCAUGUCCCUGCAGCAGGUCACGCAGCUGCUGGGUAAGCUUGCUCGCAAGGAAAAGCUCAUUCGGUUCGCCGACUUCCAUCCCGGAUCGCCACACAACCGCAGCACUGCGAACACGGUAUCGGACGACUCCAUUCAGCGCUCGUCGGUCACGUCCACUACUUCCCUCCAGUCACCCGUCCCGGGUAGCGCGAAACCGCCAACCCCGAGCUCCAGCCUCUCGAGCUUCUCCUCGCGCUUUGCAAACCUGGCCGCUUCCGUUCUGGAGAAGAAGCCGCCGACUCCUCGCACGAGUGUCACGUCGUCUGCGGAUGCAGGCACGCCGAGGGCCGCGGCACAGAGCUGCGACGAGUACCGCUGA